UUUGCCUUUUUUCUACUUAAAGUAUUAAUAGUCUUCCGAUUUUCUUUUGAUCUGUUUUAUUGAAUACAUUAUUGUUUUGAAAAUUGCUCUUGAUAUAAGAGUCACCGAUUCCUUUUGUUUUAUGUUUGUUUUUUAUGAACAAAUCUGUUUUUAAAACUUGCUGAAUGGAAUCCUUUUGCGCAGUGUACGGAAACGCUUUUCUUUGCGUUGUGCUACCUCCGCCUGUCCUCGUAGAUCUUCCUCGUUGCGGGCUUACAAUUUUAUCAAAACAUGCAAAUCCAUACAGCAAGAAAGACGAUGUUAGGUGCUUGGACAAUACUUCACUGUUACGCUGAAAUGCGCGAAUGCAGACCUUUGCUAUCACAGACAGUUGAUACUCCAAUCUGGAGCCAUUUUGUAGUCCAGAGUGGGAGCAUCAGGACCGAGCAGCAGUGAUCACUCCAGCGUGUCCACCUGGCUGAGAUUAGACAGAUAUUUUUGGAAGACAACGAGGAGAAAAUGUCUCUUAAAGUUCAGACCAGCAACGUCACCAACAAGAACGAUCCCAAAUCCAUCAACUCACGCGUGUUCAUCGGGAACCUCAACACGGCGGUGGUGAAGAAGAGCGACGUGGAGACCAUCUUUUCCAAAUACGGCCGCGUGCUGGGAUGCUCCGUGCACAAGGGCUACGCCUUCGUCCAGUACGCCAGCGAGAGACACGCCCGCGGCGCCGUCAUCGGAGAGAACGGGCGCGUUCUGGCAGGACAGACGCUAGAUAUAAAUAUGGCGGGAGAACCGAAGCCGAACAGACCAAAGGGACUAAAGAGAUCUGCAGCUGCCCUGUAUAGUGGUUAUGAAUUUGACUAUGACUACUACAGAGAGGAUUUCUAUGACAGGCUGUUUGAGUAUCGAGGGAGAGUGUCUCCAGUUCCGCGGGUCCUCCCAGGAAAGCGCCCCCGUGUGGCCAUGCCCCUGGUGCGCAGGGUGAAGUCGCUGCCAGUCAAACUGCUGUCGCGGUCCUCUGUCACGCCCAACUGCCCCGCCAAACAGAAGUCAAUGAGGACGAAUGAGCUGCAGGCCAUCAAGUCAGAGCUGACUCAGAUCAAAUCCAACAUCGAUGCCCUCCUGGGCCGGCUGGAGCAGAUCAGUGAGGGAAACCUCAGCGCCACAGAGCUGCGGAAGUCCGAGGAGAGGAACUGUGAGGUCUCUCAGGACGAAUCCGGAUCGGACACGGAGGACCUGGCGGGCGAGGCACAGCAGAGCGAGGCGGAGGAUGGAGAGGAAGAGGACGAGGGCGUGCAGGACGAGUGCGAAGAGGACAUGGAAAAUAGCCACCUGUCAGAAAUGGAGUCCAUUCUUCAAUAAAAGCCAGCGGGGAGCUGGGGAGGAGCUGUCUGCUGGAAUCCGUUAGCGCGCCGCGGGCAUGGCGGAGGGAGGAGCUGCAGCAGUGGGGGAGCCGUCAGGCCUGGGGUUCAGCCUUCAGUCAGACAGACAGACAGACAGACAGCUGGGAGGAGCCAGCCCGGAGAAGCAGACAAUGUCACCGGUCCUCCCAAUCACUGACUGACACUCACAGGUUAAAUACCCAGGGCCCCAUCGGAUAAGCAAAUGCACAACAUCAUCGUGUGAACAUUUCAGUGGCUUGUGGGGUCCAAAUAAAGAAAAAAAGAAAAAAAAA